AUGCCGGCCAGCGAGCCGGCGUGGAAGGUCUGGCAGGGCCGCGGGAGGAAGAGCCGGCGCAAGCUGACUCCAGAGCAAAUAUCUUGGCCGCUAACACGGGAGUCAGACGAGGACCUUCCGGAGCCACAAUUGCCGAAGCUUCGUCGGGUCUACACGGAACCCAGGUCUGAACCCGAGAUAUUGCAUAAGCCAAAGCCAAAGCCGUUCUCAUCCUUCCCGGAGCCGCCGCCCUCUGCACAUCUGAAACAGAUUGUCAUUUCAUCGCCCAAGCAUCUUCCGACCCCCAGGAAUUUCGGAUUCUCGACCUCUCCAUCUACAGCACCGGCCACCGUCACCACCUUCUCGGACGCGUACCCAACCCCGCCUCCUUCGACCCAAAUCCCACCAUCUGAUCUCCGUGAUGCUCUGUUACUAGUCGAUUACAUACCCUUGUCUCCACCAGAGCCUCUCUUUGAACCCCCAGCUUUCAAGUGCACUCUUGUCCGAAGCAACGCUCGCCGGAGUUCCAACGGAAGACGACGUUCGAGCGGCAAAAACAUGGCACUUGACUUACUGAGCCCUCGCCUCAAUGGCGCCAAGGCCAGGCAGGCCGAGGCAGCGCGAGAGAUGCAAAAGGCUGUUGAGCUCCAUGCCGACCGCUCUGGCGUUGCUGCACCCAGUUAUGAUUUCCUCGAGCUCAUCGGAAAGGGCGCCUUUGGGCGUGUUUACAAGGGCAAAAACCGGAAUACCAACGAGCUUGUUGCGAUCAAAAUCUGCGAUAUUGAUAAGGCUGACUACGCAGAGGCCACUCAGCAUCGAGAUGAGACCGUCAAGCAACUCGUCAAAGAAACAUCUAUCCUUCAACAGCUCCGGGAUAGUUCAGCCAAGAACGUCAACCAGUUUUACGAGUCUUUCGCCUUCCACUCCCAACUAUGGAUGAUCACCGAGUAUGUCGCUGGUGGUAGCGUUCGCACCUUGAUGAGAGCUACUCCUGGUGGAACGCCACAAAAGCCGAUGCCGCUCGAAGAGCAUUUCAUCAUUCCCAUUGCAAGAGAGGUUGCAGUCGGCCUAAAGUUCGUGCACGAUGCCGGCAUCCUUCACCGUGACAUCAAAUGCGCAAACGUUAUGAUCAGUCAGGCUGGAAAUGUCCAACUCAUUGACUUCGGCGUAUCCGGACUGCUUGAGACCAGUUUUGACAAGCGAUCCACCAUCAUCGGUACACCUAACUGGAUGCCUCCGGAAAUGAUCAAAGACCAGGUAGGCGCUGGCUACGGGACUGAAGUUGAUUGCUGGGCUUUUGGAUGCACCAUUUUCGAGAUGGCAACUGGGUUGCCCCCGGACGCUGGUCGUAACUUCGAAUUCCUCGCAAACCGACGCCAGGCCCCGCGGUUAGAAGGAAACCAAUAUUCCAAUGGGCUUAGGGACUUUGUGUCGUUCAUCCUCAAGGAAAGGCCCUAUGAACGCCCCACUGUCGCAGAGGUCCUUGAGCAUCCUUACAUAUUCGGAACCCGGGAAAGUUUUCCAAACGAAAGCCUCUCCACUCUGGUCAAGCGCUUCCUGGAUUGGCAGGAUCGUGGCGGCAAUCGCACUUCGCUUUGGGCUGCAGGAGGAGCUGAAGGGCUUGACGCGGACCCUUCGUCUGACACGAGCGAGGAUUGGGUGUUCAGUACCACUGCAGAUUUCGAAAGAGAUUUUGCAUAUGAGAAGCGCCUCUCGAUGGUGGAUCCGUUUGGUGACGUACGACAGGAGGAGGUGGAAGAUGCAUCGGCGCCCAGAGGCCGCGGACGCAAAUUCAUGAUGCACCAAAAGGCGAUGAAAGAGCAGCAAAUCAAGCGUGGAGAAGAAGGACUGGAGAGACUUUUCAAUUUGGAAGCGCCAGAGUACAAAUACGGUGAAGAUCCGUCAAUGAUGCAGCCCGACGGCCCAGACCGCUCGUCGCAGUCUGAUCUGGCGCUCCGCAACUGGGAGCCGAACGAACCUUCGAACAGAGUCACCAUGAUCGAUCUGGAUGCCGUGGAUGCUGGAUUCGAGAUGACGCCGAACCUGGAUCUUGCGAAUGCAAACACUCUACGCGCCAGUCGAAUCAACAGGAUCAUGAAAGAGUUGGAAGAUGAUGACGAUGAGGAUUACACGUAUCAACCCAACAGAGCUUCGAAGCGCGCCACCAAAGACUGGAAGUUCCCGAUGAUGGAUCCACCUGCAGAGAAGCGUGCAACCAAAGAUUGGAAAUUCCCCAUGAUGGAACCUCCUCCAGUUGAGACUGCCAGGCGUGCGACGAAGGACUGGAAAUUUCCAGUCAUGGAGCCGCCGCCUAUUCCAGAAGACACCAAAACUGAAGACACCCCGAACCGUCGGACGAUGGAUUGGACCUUUGCAACGGCAGAAGUAUCGGAGGACGAGUCGCAGUCAGACUACCGGACAAGCCGGUUGGUGCAACGUCGUGGCACGAAGGAGCUGCAACUGCCCGCCAUGGCGGCCCAGUCGGGUAACGGUCGCGGCAGCAUGCUCCCGGGAUUCUCUUUUCCAAUUGGAGCAGCAGAAGGAAGCGCCAACAAAGGUUCUGCGCGUGGUCUCGGUCCGUCACCACCGUUGGGCGAUGCGUGGCGCCCCCCGCUCCGCCACGCGGCGACGCAGCCCAUUGGCCAAUUCGAUGACUUCAUAAGCUCUCGGUCGACACCAGGAUCUCCUGAACGGACUUCGAUGAUCGAUCUGGAUUUUGCUGACGUUGGGCUUGUUCCCCGUCCUACCACGGCGGCUUCCAUGGUCAACUCCUUUACCAGCAGCAAUGACGCCGACAUCACGACCGGCAAUCCAUUCGACCUUGAAGAGCAGGCGCAGCUCUCGCAGAACAACAAUCGUGCCUCGUACCAUCGUCAAUCUCAAUCCGAGCCUCAUAAGCAGAUCUCUGGGCUUCUCACGCCCGGUGACCAGGAGGAUGAGAAGGGACAAGGAUAUGUGUCGGAUCAUGGGCCUAUUGUCGAAGGCCGUGAAGAGCAGCAUCGCGUUUCGGUUGGAUCAAGAAAGUCUUCGGUCGUGCGUGAAUCGAACGGUUCCCUGGCUCAUCGCCUCAUCAACCCCAAGAGGCGCACGAGAGGCAGCGAUGCCAAGAAAUCCGAGGAUGCUACCUUCUCGAGGUUGCCAGGCGCCUUGGUAACCGCGUUCCCAGCUGAAGGAGGCCUCAAUGAUGAGACCAUCAAAAGCCGGCGUCAGGUGUCUCAAACCAGUGUCCCCUCUUUCAACCCCGAGUCUCCUCGCACGUGGCGCUAUCAGGACUCUCUGCUCUCAAGCACACCCCCAUCCACAAACGGGUCCUUCUCAAGCAGCACUUUCGCCUCCCCUGAUACUGCUUUGGCCCUCUCUGGUGACGUCACUCAACUCACCACACCUCGCACAUCAAUUGCUACCUACUCGCCGCGGAGCACUGCAAGCUUCUCGAUGCAGCUUGGCGCUGUUCAAGGAAGGCUACGGAUGCCUCUACGCACCGCUCGUCCCACUCCGCCGCACCCAACGACACUCGACAAUUCCGCUGAUCAGCGUAUGAUGGUGACCGAAGCCAGCCGGGUUGCAAGAGACCAUGUGCUUUAUCUCAAGACUUUGCGCCGGACGCUCAAGGCAUGCGGCUCGCAGGCACAGGCUCGAAGGGCAAACAGAAGGCCCCGCGAUAGUAGCAUCAACGGUAGCCUGACUGCGUCCCACUCAGCCGCCACAUCGGUCAGCAUGAGUAGCACGGACACCAGCGAUGUUGAAGGUGUCAAUGGGACCGCAAGACGCGUUCUACGAAGGGCAGAGAGUUCGCUCGCCUAG